AUAAUUUUUUGAUGUCUCAUCGUAAAUUCCACAUACCAAGACACGGAUCUCUUGCUUUUCUUCCCAGAAAGCGAUGUUCAAGAACUGUAGGGAAAGUAAAAGCCUUUCCAAAGGACGACAAGACAAAGCCUGUUCAUCCAACUGCAUUCAGGGCUUUCAAAGCUGGAAUGACUCAUGUUGUCCGCCACGUAGUCAGGCCUGGAUCAAAGGCUAAUGACAAAGACAUAGUAGAGGCUGUAACUGUCCUCGAAGCCCCACCAAUGGUUGUUGUUGGAGUUGUUGGGUAUAUUAAAACACCGAGAGGCCUCAGACAUUGUACAACAAUAUUUGCACAUUUCUUAUCGGAUGAAUUCCGUAGAAGAUUCUACAAAAACUGGUAUUUGCCAAAUUGUCUUUUUAGGUAUGCGUCAAAGAAACGUGCUUUUGUGCGCUAUGCUAAUAAAUGGAGUACUCCUGUUGGUGUGGCUAGCAUUAAGAGACAAUUUGAAAAAAUUAAAAAGUAUGCUUCAGUUGUCAGAAUCAUUGCACAUACGCAGAUGAGUAAGUUGAAAUUGGGACAGAAAAAGUCUCAUGUGAUGGAGAUUCAGUUAAAUGGGGGAACUAUUGAGGAUAAAGUUGCCUGGGCUACAGAACACUUUGAAAAGGAAUUGAAGAUAAGUGAAUUGUUUGCAGAGGGAGAAAUGAUUGAUGUUAUUGGAGUUACCAAAGGGAAGGGGUUUCAAGGAUGUAUCAAGAGAUGGAGGCCAAAGAAGAUGCCUAGGAAGAGCAGGAAAGGUCUUAGGAAAGUUGCUUGUAUUGGAGCUUGGCAUCCUGCACGAGUUUCGUAUUCCGUAAGUCGUGCUGGACAAAUGGGCUUCCACCACCGGACUGAGAUUAAUAAAAAAAUAUACAGGAUUGGGGAUGCUAUUGGCGAUGAUGAAAACGGAAGAGUUGCUCCGAAACAAUUGACGGCCUAUGAUUUAACUGAAAAACAUAUUACUCCAAUGGGAGGCUUUGUUCGUUACGGUGAAGUGAAGAAUGACUAUAUCAUGAUCAAAGGAUGCUGCAUGGGACCACGGAAACGUACCAUCACGCUUAGAAAAGUCUGA